GUCUCAAGUCCAUACUACUGCCACCUCAUCGCCUCUCAGCUGGCGCUCUGUCCUAACCGCAACCGCCAGUUCCUCUCUCUCGAUCUCUCUUCCUUCUAAUUCCACCGCCGACUCCGUCUCGGCCGCCAUCUCCACUCUCAAGAGCUUUCUCCGAUAUCGAAAUGGAGACGAUGAUCAUCUCCUCUGCGGCGUCCUCUUUUCCCGAUUUUGCGGGUCUCUCCCCUCUUCUCUCCCGCGCCCUUAGUAAACCUCUUUCUUCUCACUUCCCCAACCCCCACCGCCGCCGCAUUCCGCCGCUACGGAAACCUUCAUCUAAUUCUACAUUGACGGCAGCGCAAGCAACUUCCGAUAGCGAAACCUCUACUCCGGAUUCAGGGAACAAACCGCCAGCGGCGGCUUCCCCAACUGUUUCUCCUGUUUACGUCCCCACGCCUCGGAAUCGGGACCUGCGUACUCCGCACAGCGGCUACCACUUCGACGGGACGACGAGGAAGUUCUUCGAAGGGUGGUACUUCAAGGUCUCCAUCCCGGAGAAGAGGCAGAGCUUCUGUUUCAUGUACUCGGUGGAGAAUCCGGUGUUUCCGAAGCCGUUGUCGCCGUUCGAUAUGCUGCAGCACGGGACUCGAUCCACCGGCGUCGGGGCUCAGAUUCUGGGUGCUUAUGAUAAGUACAUUUGCCAAUUCUCUGAAGAAUCUUACAAUUUUUGGGGGAGUAGGCAUGAGCUGAUAUUGGGGAAUACUUUUGCUGCCCAGAAAGACAUGAGGCCUCCAACCAAGGAGGUUCCCCCUCAGGAAUUCAAUAGAAGAGUUAUGGAAGGUUUUCAAGUAACCCCAACCUGGCAUCAAGGUUACAUAUGUGACAAUGGCAGGACUGAUUAUGCGGAAACUGUCAAGACAGCUCGAUGGGAGUACAGUACCCGGCCUGUAUAUGGAUGGGGUGAUGUAGGGUCGAAACAGAAGUCCACGGCAAGCUGGCCUGCAGCUUUUCCUGUAUUUGAACCCCAUUGGCAAAUAUGCAUGGCUGGCGGACUCUCAACAGGUUGGAUAGAAUGGGAUGACGAAAGGUUUGAGUUUACGGAUGCCCCUUCUUAUUCCGAAAAGAAUUGGGGCGGUGGCUUCCCCAGAAAAUGGUUUUGGUCUGUGGAGAUUAAAGAUGCAUUUCGAAUUUGCUUAAAUUUUGAUGGUAUGGAUUCCACAUCGCAGGUUCAAUGUAACGUCUUUGAAGGUGCGGAUGGAGAGGUGGCUUUAACAUCAGGUGGCGGCUUGAGGCAAUUGCCCGGACCAGGCGAGAUUUUUGAGAAUGCUGCAUUGAUUGGGGUGCACUACAAGGGGGUUUUCUACGAGUUCGUACCAUGGAACGGGGUUGUGAACUGGGAGAUUGCUCCAUGGGGUUCCUGGUACCUGACGGCAGAGAAUGAGACACACAUGGUGGAGCUGGUGGCAACAGCGGACGAUCCAGGAACAACAUUACGGGCUCCAACCACGGAAUCUGGAUUUGCUCCAGCAUGCAAAGAUACUUGCUUUGGCAACCUCAAAUUGCAGAUUUGGGAACGUAGAUACGAUGGAACAAAGGGGAAGGUGAUUUUGGAAGUCACAAGCAACAUGGCAGCACUGGAAGUUGGAGGAGGACCCUGGUUCAAUACGUGGAAGGGGAAGACGUCAUUGCCGGAGAUUGCCGGCCGUUUACUUCGUGCUCCCGUCGAUGUGGAAGGAAUUCUGGGUUUUAUUCCAUUUCUAAAACCACCUGGCUUGUAAGAAAUGAUGCUCUAUAUAUAGAAUGGGAUGAUGAUACAUUUGAUACCACCAGUAGUAUUAUACGAUGGAGGAAAUGCUAACGUCCUGUUAUAUUAUAUAUGGUAGAAUUACUGUAUGGAGUUCCAUUUACAUUUACCGCAAGCUGUCCGUCUAAUAGUUAUCAAGCUGCAGGAGGCGUAAAUGCCCUGCAACAGAGCAAGAAGUACACAAAAUUUCCCAGGCAGAGUCCAGCUAUGAGCCAAUAGUAGUAAUCCAAGUGGCCCUCUUCGAGAUCGGUCGACAACCAGCUCGCCUUUCCUCCUCCGGAGGUUAGACCAUCCACCGCGUUGAUCAGAAAACUCGAAACCAGGCUCCCAAUCGCGGUGACCAUAGUGUACAGAGACACAGCAAUGCUGGCCAUGGAUUUCGGCAGCUGCGAGUAGUAGAACGCGAUCUGCUCGAUCGAGUUCAGAGUCUGCGCCAUCCCGAGCAGAAGCAGUGCCGGCGCUAGCCACAACACGGACAUGUCCACCGUCGUCGCGUCGUCAGGUUGUUGGAUUGCCAUCCCCCUCCUGACGCUCUCCACAACACCUGACAUCAGUGAUGACAGAAAUUAUUCUUUAAUUUGUUUCCCUUUUUGUUGUUAUGAUUAAAAAAAAAUUUCAUCUCGUACCUGAAAUCGCCAUGGCAACCACGGAGAGGACCAUCCCUGCUCCGAGCCGGACGUUGGUGCUCAGGCCACGGGGAUUCCCGGUGAUCCUCGCGAGGAUAGGGACGAAGGUCGAGUCGUAGAGGACGAUGCAGAGGGUGAAGCUGACGAGGACGAAGCAGUUGAGGGAGCCCGGUGGGAGCUGGAAGGUCGAGUUGGGGAAGAUCUGCCGGUUCAUGGUCUCAGCUUGCAGCGUCAUGAAAGGGUACUGAGCUAAGGUGACGUAGUGGAGGAUCCCAGUGGACCAAAUGGGCAGGACUCGAAGGAUUGAUUUCACGGCUUCUACUUCUUCUAUGGUGCAUAGGUUCCAUGGGUCCGUUGCUGAGCCGUCUGCAGGGUUUAUGUCUGUCUCUGGAUUGGCUAUGAAGCAAGCUUUGUUCAGGCCCCUGCAUUUAGGAGUUGGGCAGGUAAUCGUAAAGUCGCCGGAACCAACACGACCUUGGAAAAACCGGCCACCACCACCAUCACCCAAACUCGCCACCUCACCAUCACCAACCCUAGCCGCCUUCCUCCCCGCCGCCACCACAACCCGAAAGCAGCCCGCAAACAAGCUGCUCUUGGCCUCGUGCUUCACGUAGAUCGAAGAUGGGAGCAAGAAGAGCAGCGCGGAGAACAGGAUGAGGAAAGCAGGGACGGCCAGCCCCACCUCCCACCCGUAGCUGUCCUGGACGUAGACGAGGACGGUGAGCCCCAGCAGCGUGGCGGCUCCGGCGACGGCGUAGUACCAGUUGAAGAAGCGCUGCAGGACCUUGUCGUUGUCCGGGUUGUCCUUGUUGUCCAGCUGGUCGGCCCCGAACGCCAUGGAGCACGGCAGCAGGCAGCCGGCGCCGAGGGAGAUGAGGCCAAGGGAUGCGUAGAGGACGGAGAGCUGGAACGGGGUCGCGGUGGCGGUGGUUGUCGCCGGCGGGUGGAGCUGGGGCAGCAUUGCCGUCGACCAGAAUAGAGUGGUUCCCUGAAAGACAGAAAGAAAGAAAUGUAUGAACAUUAGUUCAUUGAUUAAUGUAAGUACUAAUUCCAGCGGCGGAUUCAGAACACAGAAAAGCACUGAGCCGCAUUUCAUUAGAAAAUAAAAACUAUAAAAAAAUUAUAGUUUUUUGCAAUUUAAAUUGUACCCAAUAGUAUUUUAAUUUAAAGAAUGCAUCAAUAAUGGAGUCUACAGAGCAAUCGGUGAGGAAUUCAUC